AGUGAUCCAAUUAUCCGAAAGCAUGCAUCAGAGAAAUAUUAAAAUCCACGUUUACCAACAUUACAUUGUACAUGUAGUACUUUACUUGGAGACUGCUGAGACGUACUUAUCAAGCCUGAUUAACUGAGUAUGGGAGGCUUAUUUACUCGGUUGUUUUCGGGGUUAUGGGGAGCCAAGGAGCUGCGGAUCUUGAUCCUGGGUCUAGACGGGGCAGGCAAAACCACCAUCCUCUACCGACUGCAAGUAGGGGAGGUUGUCACCACAAUUCCAACAAUUGGGUUUAAUGUGGAGACUGUAACGUACAAGAACCUCAAAUUCCAAGUUUGGGAUCUAGGAGGUCAGACAAGCAUUCGACCGUACUGGCGGUGUUACUAUGCCAACACUGAUGCAAUCAUCUAUGUGGUGGACAGUGCAGACAGAGACAGGCUGGCCAUCUCCAAAUCAGAACUCGUCUCCAUGUUGGAAGAGGACGAGCUUAAGACGGCCAUGUUGAUGGUGUUUGCUAACAAGCAGGACAUAGAAGGAGCUAUGACACCCUCGGAGAUAUCGACUGCCCUGGGUCUCUCAGCUCUCAAAAGUAGGACGUGGGCCAUCUUCAAGACCUCCGCCAUCAAGGGGGAGGGGCUGGAGGAGGCCAUGGAAUGGUUAGUGAAUGCUCUGAAGGGAACCUCUUGACAUCAGAGGAGGAUACUACCCUAUUUUAAAUUUUUCAUUUUCUACCAUGGAAUUGCACUAAAUUUGAUGGACCUUCCUCUCAGUUGUUAUUGGUUACGAUAAAUUUGUGCAUAAUUAUAAUUAUUCUGUGCUUUUGCUUAUGAUGAAGUCAUUUAUCUCGUUGACAAUACAA